UUUAAAGAUUGCGUUACUGUUAAUGAAAUCAACAAGCAACUCGGGAGGUUAUGUGUCGUUUGGCCUUCCAGAAUCUGAAAAUCUUCGAAAAGAAGGCGGAAUUUUAAAGAAAUUUAUAAGUAGUCUGACUUCACUUCACACAGAGGAUGUAAAAAAAUACAGCGAGUUCUCUGAAUCUUCGAGAUCUCCUGCAUCAAGUGGAUAUAAAAAUGAAAAUAAUAAAGAGUCCCACAAUAACCUCCCAGCAUUGGAUGAAAACAUAUCUAACGCAAUAUCUAGUUUCUCUUCACAUAAUCAAUUACCUGAACCGAUUCGGGUGCAUGAAAGACGUUAUUGGAUGCAAGAUGAAAACUGCAAAUUUUGUUUUGAAUGCGGCGCACGUUUCACUACAAUUCGUCGUAAGCAUCACUGUCGUGUUUGUGGAAGGAUAUUUUGUAAUCAGUGCAGUAACCAGAUGGUUGAGGGGACUCAAAUCGGACUUGAUGGUCUUCAACGAGCUUGUAGUUAUUGUGCCGAAGCAUUAAUCACUACUAAUACCAAUAAAUCAGAACAUACAUUAAACAAAAGUUCAGUUAGAUCAAUAAAUACAGACAAUAUUGAUGGCUUGAAGAAAAAGAUCAGUUUAUCGGAAAAAGCCCAGAGAAAUAAUAACCGACCAAAGUCUGUUCCAUCGCAUGUCAGUCAUCUUAACAAUCAUAAUAAACAUUUGAGUACUGGUUUGUUGAAUGUAUCCAAUUCAAAAGCAUUGCUUACUUCACCUUCGUACAUAGACAGAGAAAAUGUGCAUUCAGUUAGCCCAGAUAAUUCUGCCUCUACUAGUUCAGCAGAUGAAAACAGAGACCUAUUUCCUGCAUUUUUCUCAACAACCUUCCCAAGUCCCAAUCAUGUUAAUGAUUUAUCUCCUUCGCUGGAUUCUAUCAAACAAACAAAGUAUCAUACUGAAUCUGGUGCAUUCGAUGUAAUUCGUCGAACACCGCGCAUAAAUAAAACUUUAAUUUUAGACGAAUCAUUGAAUGUAGAUGUUUUUAGUGCUCCAUUUAAAAAGAUUUCUUCAUCGCAUUCGUUUGAAUGUUUACUAAGUACUACGUCGCAGUCAUUAUUUAACUCAUCUUCAGAUCAAGAUAUAAUUGAUUUGUGGUCAAGAGUUUGUGCUAGUUUGUCAAAAGAUCCUGAAUUUCCAACUAUUUCACAGUUAACUACACCAUCAACUGGAUUAUUAAGUCGUAUUUUCAGCCAUUCAAAUGACAAUUUAACAAGAGACAACAAUUCAUGUAAAUCGUUACAACUAUUUAAAUUAAAAAACGAAAAUGAAGAAUUCUAUUGUAUUUAUGGUGCAGUAUUAGUGUAUUGGUUAGUCAAUAAUAUACCAGAUUCGGAACAUUGUAGAAUGAAAGGACGGCUAAUCUGUCAAAAAUUUAUGGACCUUGGUUUAUUAACCGAUCUACAAAAUCCCGACUGUAAACAAUUUGAUGAUAACCUUACACUUUAUAAACUAAAACAGAGUGAUUCAAAUAGUCAAUUUUUUCAUCAAACUAAUUCCAGAAGAAAAACUAUGGAUUCUAUAUCAUUUUUUAACAAUUUUCAUUUUAAUUCAACUCCUUCGAUUACUGCUAAUACUCAUUCAAGUAUACUUGGAGUUCAUGAACCGAAUUGGUUGUUAGAAAUUAGCAAUUCUGAAAAUGAAAGUUCUAGAUCUUCUACACCCUGCUUAAUUGAUAGUUUUAACGAUACCAAAUCAAACUCUUCUACAGUUCGAUCCAGUUUUGAAGUUGGACAAGAUGUUAGCAGAAUGCGAGAUUGUAGUCUUGAAUCGCUUCGUUCAACAGAAAAAUGGAAAUAUACAUCACAACCAAUAUUAACUAGUCAAUAUCAGCCAGUUGAUCUUCCAGUACAGCUAGGUAAUAGCUUACGGAUGAGUGCUGAUGAAUACACUUAUAACAUGAAGAAUAUCUUUGACAAACAUAUAUAUCAAUUGGUUUUACAAGAUGUACGAGAUAAUGCCUUAGAUUCUAGUUGGGCAUCAAUUCUUAUUCGUCUAGCAUGGAAUGUUUGUCAAACGGUUCACUUUGAUUUACGAUCAACUGGUUUACGUUAUUUUCAAUUUAAUCGACAACAAAAACAACAAUCUCAGUCAAAUAAUACAACUAUAAAAUCUAACCAACAGAAAUCUGUCAUCAAUGCUAAUACGAAUAAACAACAAGUUUAUUCACCAAUGGAUAUUCGAUAUUAUGUACAUAUUAAAAAGCUACUGGAUGAAGAUAAUAACAAUUCAGAUUUGUUUCCUGGUCUUAUUUUCUCUAAACGUCCAACUCAUAAACUAAUGCCGACUGUUUUAGAUAAUCCACGCAUACUUCUUUUAGAUUCAUCUAUAAGUUAUCAACGUACUACGUCUAAAAUGGCAUGGUUAGAGUCUCAGAUUAUGCAAGAAGAAGAAUACAUAAACAAUUGUGUUUGUAAAAUUCUCUGCCUACAUCCUAAUAUUGUAUUCGUCAGUGGAUCUGUUUGUUAUUUAGCACAGAAUUUUAUUUUCAAAUCUGGAAUCAUUUUAUUUUCCAAUGUAAAACAAUCAGUAUUGUAUCGUAUUGCACAAAUGACAGGUGCCGAUAUCUUAGAUUCGAUAGAUCGGCUAAUGAGCAAUCCUUCAAGAAAAUCAGAUAAUAAUAAUAAUCAGAAGUCGACAACACGUCUUGGCAUUUGUAGUCAUUUUGAAGUUAGACAAAUACAUUUACCGGAUGAUUCCACGAAAUUUCUUACUUUCAUCAAAAACAAUUCUAACGAAACUGGUUUGGCACUUGAUUCUAAUCCUGUUCGGUAUAUUACUCAUGAAGCGACUGUUAUUCUACGAGGUAACAAUAUUGCCUCACUUAUCCGUGCGAAACGUUGCUUUCUAUUCACAUUACGUUUGUGCUACAAUGCUCAGUUGGAAUUAGCUUAUUCAAACAAUGAUCAUAUUUUCCAUCUUCCUCAUUCGUUAUUGGACGAGGAAACAUCCUCAAGGUCCCGUGUACAGUCUCUAAAUAAGAUGUGUUUAGAAAAUAACGCCGAAUAUUUAUCGCUUCCCUCUCCAGUGCCUUGUAAAAAGGCUCUAUCUGACCUCAAUGGUUCAGUUAUUUCUAUCUCCUCUCUGACCGAAAAAACAUCUGAAUCAAAUGAUGAAUAUGAUAAAAAUUCUUAUUCUGAUUUAGCAAUUUAUCUUCAAGGACGUCUGUUAUCUGUCUCACCAAGCAUUGAAUUUCGUUUACCUUAUUUGGCAUCCAGAGAAGGCCAGUUAUCGUAUCUGUACGCAUAUUAUACUUAUGUGAUCGACUGGCCUUUAGGACGUAGACUAAAUGAUUUGAUGAAACGGAAGAAAAAAGUGUUAAAUAGUGAACUGACAGCAUUAAAAUACUACAUGAAGAAUGCUAAAUCAAAGAAUUAUUAUUCUUCGGCACGCAGUGCUAGUGAUGACUUAUAUCAUCCAUUCACAAAACGUAAUUUGGAAAUUUGUUCAUCGUCCACUUUACUUAAUUCAAAAUCAAAUCGUAUUUUAUCAUAUUUUCGUAGCGACAGUAAUGACAGUAAUAACAGUAUUCGGAAAAAUGAUUUUGCAAUUGAUGGAUUAAUUAUUUCUGAAACGUUAACAUCAUCUGAUGAAGCCUUAUAUACUGAUUAUAAAGCUAGGGCAUUUAUGAAUACUACUACUACUACUACUACUACUACUACUACUGCUACCACUACCACUACUGAUAAUGACAAUAAUAAUAAUAAUAAUAAUAAUAAUAAUAAUAAUAAUAAUAAUGAGCGGAAGAACACUGCAAGUUAUCGUUCAUUUCCACGUCUCUGGGCUGGUAUGGGUAGCAUUUUAUCUAGUCAUUGGAGUUCUUUAUUUAAUACAAAAUCACUGAAAUCAAUCAAGUCAAGUUCUACAACAACAUCAACUACAACUACUGGUUUUACACCAACUUCUAAUAUACAACUGAUAUCGGAAUCUGAAAGUGUAAAACGUCUAAGAAGAAGUAUUUUAGAUCCACGUUCAUAUCAAUCAUUGAAUUUUCUUGCAAUAUUAUUUACAACAAAAUGUAUUAUGCGACCAGAACCAUGUGUUCCACCUUUGAUAGCUACAGUGGAAUUUUACGGUUCAAGUGAUUUACCUUUAGGAUUAUUUUUAGAGAAAUUUUGUUUCAUGCAGCAACAUUGCCGUAAUCCACUUUGUAAUGUAGUAAUGGCUGAUCAUAUUCAAAGAUUUAUUCAAACUUCAGGAUCAGUGCAACUUAUGAUACGUAAAUUGAUUCAAGAUCCACCUCAAUCAGAAAUUUCAUCAGAUAUACCAAAUCAAAGUAGUAAUGAUGCAAAACAUCGUCGUCAUUGUCGUAUACAAAUGUGGUUAUUCUGUCCAAUUUGUCGAAUUAAUUCACCUAUCAAACAUAUGUCUGCUGAUACUUGGCAUUUGUCUUUUGUAAAAUUUCUUGAUUUAAUAAUAAAUAGUUCAGAUAAUUGGGCUUGUUAUAGUCUAAUCAAUAGAAGUACUAGUAGUUCAGCCAAUGAAAGGAACAAAAUUGAUACAUCUAAGGAAUUAUCGCCUACUUCAGUUAGGCGUGGAAUCGGCAAUCAAACUAUCGAUCCAACGUUACAAUUUCAGUGUCCACAUUCUGUUUAUAAAUGUUUAGAACAUUGUUUUGCUUUUGAUCGAAAAUUAGCUAUCUUCAAAUAUCAACCAGUUAAUGUUUAUGAAAUUGUUAUGCCUCCAAGUGAGAUUUGUGUAUUCCCUAUGAAAGCCAAUAAUUCAAAGUUGGAAAGUACCCACAUAUCAACUACUAAAAAACCAACUUCUGAAAGUCACAUGAAUACGAACAGUCCGGAAGACGGUUAUUACACGGAUACUACAGAUAAUACUGCUACUACUGCCAAGUCUCAUGGUCAUUCAAGCUACCAAAAACGGGGAUCAAAAACUAUCAAUAUGCAGAAAGGAUCUCAUUUACCAAAUUAUCUUUACACAGAAGCAUCGGAUGUUUUAGCAAAGUAUUACACUAUACACACUGUCAUUAAAUGUCAUAUUGCUAAUCUACAAAAUGAGACAUUAUCUUCUGAACUGUCUGCUAUGCUUGAAGCUUAUCUAAAAGUUCUUGAAUCUGAUUCCAGUCGUAUAUUAAUGGAUGAAAGAUCAGAAAUUUUGGAUUUUAUUCUACAUCCAAGUAAUGACAGUCAAACGGAAAUGUCUUCUAAUAAAAAAGAUGUUGAAAGCAUGCCAGUAGACAUUUCGUGCAGCUUAGGCUCUCUUACAAAGUCGAUAGAAGAUAAUUCUGAAUCAACUAUUGUUGAAAAUGAAAAAAUGACUAAACCUACUGAGCAAACACUAACUACAGAUGAAAAAACAACAAUUCAGUCACAUGUUCGAACUCACUCAAAUAGCUUUUCAACUGUUCACAACAACUCCUGUGAAACAACUGAACAAAGAUAUGAUAUUUCACAAAGUGAAACCAAAUGUCAUAAUUGGUUCAAAAUAAUCUCUAGCUUAAAUAAUGUUGAACAGGCUUUAGUUGUACAAAGAUUAGUGAAUGAAUUAAAACGUUGGAUCUAUCGAUUUGUUUCAGAUUGGAAUUUCAGAUUAAACGAAUAUGAUUUAUUGAUGAAACGUAUUGAAAAAAAUAUGCGUGAUAAACGUAAAAAGCCAGCUGUAUCGCACAUUUCUACCACAAUUGCUAAUUCAUCUCUUUAUCCAUCACCAAAUCAUCUUUCUCCUUCAAUUACUUCUACUUCUCAACUAACAAUUACAACUUCUCUGUUAUCAUCCUCAUCAACAACAACAACAACAACAUCAAUAUCAAUAUCCAAUAACAACAACAAUAAUAAUAAUAAUAACAUAACUAGUUCAAAAAGUGCAAACAAUUUAUUAGAGCCUGAAAAAUUAUCUGAACACAAUAGUGAUUUGAUUAGAAAUUCAUCUUUCUCUUCAAAUCUACCCAUUGAACUAUCCACAUCUCAAACUAGUUAUUUUAAUUCUUCAGAUCAAAAUACAAACAAACUUUUAACUGAAACUAAUUUAACUAACAGCAGCAUUUCAAUGCAUUCAACAACCUCUUUAAAUAAUGUACUUACAGUUAACCAACCGGAAUCGUUAGUUCACUUUGUAAAAAAUGACAAUGAAAUGUAUAACUCUAUCGAGAAUACUCUAAAACAUGAUCCUUUGAAGUCUAAUUUUAAUGCAUUGCAUGACAGUGAUAAUAACAGUUCAAGCCAACGUUCAGAAGAUAAUCAUGUAUCGGAUUUGUCUAAGAACUUACCUAUCUUGGAUCCUUUAAAUUUAAAAGUUGUUUACCAACGACGUGAACCGGAAAUCUUCAAUCCUGAGUCCUCGUCCCAAAAUCAAUCGAACAAAAUAGAAUCUUCAGCUAAUUCUAUUCAAAAUGAUAUCUCAAUUGCGAAUAAUUCUUCUUCAUCUGGUGUACGUCGCUUUAUUCAUACCUUUCUAUCAUCAGCUAUGGAUUUAAAAGUAUUUGGUGAACCAGUCCCAGCUUAUGAACAUCCUCAAUUAACUACAUGCGAUGAAAGUUGCAUUAAAAUUUUAAAUCGUAUUGAUACCGUUCUCAGUAAAUCAAAUCAAAUCAAAUCCAAUUGUAGUGAAUACAAUCGAUUAUCUGGAUCUGUCUGUCAUUUAUUGCUUGCACUUCCGGAUGUGUACGUUAAUGAUCGAGAAUUCACAUCAAUUAUAGCUUUCGCUUUGACUACACCAGAAUAUGAAAGGAAAUUGAUAGAUUUACAUUCUACCCUUCAAACUUCAUUACAUCAGAGUUCAGAUAUUCAACUAGGUCAACCUGCACUUGUUAAUUCUAAAGAUAAUGAGGCAGCUAUUACAAGUGACACUAUGUCUGGUACCAAAAGUAUUGGUGAAAAAGAAAGACAGGAUAGUAUUGCUUCUUCAUCGAAUCCCAUUGAUAUUGGUUCUUCUGGAAAAUCAGAAACAUCACUAGGUACAUCACAUGAUCAGAAGCAGCCGUCUACACAUACUCAUAAUAUGCCUAUCAAUUUUCACACGGCCUCAUUUACAACUGAUAAAUCAAAUGGGUCUCGAAGUCGUCAUAUUAAAAUACAGUUUUCCGAUAGUUCAACCACUUUCUUUUGCUGUGUGUACUAUGCCUCUGAAUUUUUCCGUUUACGUCAACUUCUAAUGCCAAAUGGAGAUCUAUCUUUUAUACAAUCUUUAUCACGAUGCUAUCAGUGGGAUGCACGUGGAGGUAAAUCAGGUUCUUUAUUUAUGAAAACUCGAGACGAACGAUUUGUAAUCAAAGAAUUGUCAUCAAUUGAAAUGAAAACAUUUCAUGAAAUUUCUCAAGAUUAUUUCGAUUACCUAAUUACCGGAGCACUUGAACAACGCCUUUGUGUUCUGUCAAGAAUAUUAGGCAUUUUUCAUGUUGGAUUCAAAAAUUCUACUUCCGGUGAAGCGCAUCGAUUUGAUGUACUUGUAAUGGAAAAUUUAUUUUAUGGACGUACUCAACUGGCGUAUAUUUAUGACUUGAAAGGUUCACUACGUAAACGACUUGUAGAUGAAUCACCCAAUAAUGUAGUUAAUGCAAACUCUCUUUCUACUUCAACGACCACUGUUAAUACUGCGACAUCCACAGAUCCGACGCAAACAAUUGAUGAGCCUGUAACUAAUUCUGGUAUUGCAUCAUCUCAUUCGUUUACAUACAAUCAGUCAACAACAGCAACAACUGUAGAUAAUAGUUCGACCUCAGAGACAACGACAGUGAAACAUCAUGUACCUGUUCUGUUAGAUCAGAAUUUAUUAAAUGCUUCAAUAGAUAAUCCAUUGUAUUUAAGAGUUCAUUCAAAGAAUGCUCUUUCACAUUGUUUAUACAUGGAUACUGCAUUUUUAGCAAAUCUAUUUAUUAUGGAUUAUUCUCUAUUGGUUGGUGUUGAUACCACAACUAAUCAACUAGUUAUUGGUCUCAUUGAUUAUCUACGUAAAUUCACAUUAGAUAAACGUCUGGAAAUGAUUAUUAAACAAACAAUAACUAGUGCACAAGGUCCAAUGCCAACUAUAUUGACACCGGAUUUAUAUCGUGAACGUUUUCUUUAUCAAUUGCAUAGUUAUUUUCCAUUAUUACCGGAUCAAUGGUAUGAUAGUUUAGCUGAACAUACUGAAAAUUGGCGUGUAUCAUCAUCAUCUGUCCGACGUAAAUCGUCAGCAGCAAAUAAAACGAAAUAAAUAUUUAUUAUGUUCAUUCAUAUUUAUACCGGCCGAAAUCUAAGAAAUCAUAUAUAUACACAGGAGAUUUACUCUUACAAUUGAAUAUUAUUAUAAUACCACAGUUUAAUUAAUUAACUAUUUCUUUUUGCUUAUUUUUUUUUGAUAAUCAAUUGUUGUUGUAAUUGAAAUAAAUGCAGUUGAUAUUCAAUUUUGUGAUUUAUAAUUUCUUAUUCUAUUUUUAAUAUUUCUAUUCUCACGUUGUUUUUCAUUUCAUAUUUUGUCUUUCAUAUAUUAUAAUUGUCUUAUGUAUUUUUUUAAGAAUACACCUGCUUUUUUAAAUUGAA